AUGCCACCUCCUCUUGGGUCCUUCUCGACCUUACUGACAACCACAGCAAAGCCAUUUGCUGCUAAAUCAUUAGGGCCCAUCUCGUCUACUGUCCUUAGACAGCAACAACCUCAGUAUUCAACCACUUCCACAGUAAAAAAGCCAUCUGUAGUCACUGAAUCUGCCGUACUGAACUCGUUUCCUCGACCCAAUCUCCAGCCAACGUUGCAUUCAUCGCCGAGCAUGUAUAAUCUUCAAGUCCUGAAAGCAUUGAAUCCUAUCCAAACAUGCUUUAAUUGUAACGGACCUCAUUCAACUGAAUUUUGCCCUUGCUAA